GCUAACCCCAGCCGCCGCCGUGUGUGUUGGGGAGUUACACAACCAGUCAGGGCAGAUUGCGCGCUGCGAACGUGAGUUUCCCAAGUCAGCCAAAGCUCCCGUCUCUCUCUCUCUCUUCUUCCCCUCCUCUCUCUCGCUCUAGAGCUAACCUUUUCCGCCGCCUCCGCCGCCUUCUCUCUCCCCCCCCGGCUCUUAGAAAGCACCCUCACCUUUGCCAUUUCUGGAAACGUCCCCCCCCCCCCCGAAUCAAGACAACACAUUUUUUGGUGUGUGCAUCGCUGGAGAGGGGCAAGGAUCUCAAGAUGAGAUGCUUCAUUCUGCUGGAGCCUGGCACGGAACUGAGGUCGCUUGCUACUGGCCACACAUCUCCUUAGAAGAGGAGCUGGGAUUCCGUUCUUCCCCAUCUUUAUUUUCAUGCGUUAAUAAAACAUACCUGCCAUACCCUGCAAGCCUGGACUGAUGAAUCUAAAGGAUAGAACAGAACUCUGUACUGUGUAAACGAGCUGAUGGACGAAGAUGAGAAGGACAGGGCAAAGAGGGCAUCGCGCAACAAGUCAGAGAAGAAAAGAAGAGACCAGUUCAAUGUACUCAUUAAGGAGCUGUGCACCAUGCUGCAGGGGCAUGGACAUCCUCUCAAGAUGGACAAAUCCACAAUACUGCAGAGGACCAUCGACUUCUUACAGAAACAGAAAGAAAUCACAGCACAGACAGAGGCCUGUGAGAUUAGACAGGACUGGAAGCCUUCAUUUCUUAGCAAUGAGGAGUUCACCCAGUUGAUGUUAGAGGCAUUAGACGGAUUUCUCAUCGCACUUACCACUGAUGGGAUUAUUAUUUAUGUAUCUGAUAGUGUUUCUUCUCUUCUUGGACAUUUACCGUCAGAUUUGGUGGACCAAAAUAUAUUAAACUUUCUGCCUGAGCGCGAACAGAGCGACGUGUACAAGCUGCUUUCUCCACACAUGCUCAUGACAAACACUGUGGCGGCAGAUUUUCUAAACACUGAAAAACAAAUAGAAUUUUGUUGUCAUUUAGCCCGAGGAAACCUGGAUCCAAAUGAACCCAUUACAUAUGAAUAUGUGAAAUUUGUAGUGGAUUUUAAAUAUUUUACUCAUGUGCCUACAUCCUCUUACAACGGCUUUGAAUCUGCCAUCGCACGAGUGUUCCGGUCAACCAAUGAAGAGCAGAUUUGCCUCGUAGCAACAGUUCGUCUCGUUACUCCACAGUUCUUAAAGGAACUUUGUAAUGUGGAAGAACCGUGUGAAGAAUUCACAUCAAGACACAGUCUGGAGUGGAAAUUCUUAUUUUUAGACCACAGAGCCCCGCCUAUCAUUGGUUACUUGCCCUUCGAGGUGCUUGGGACGUCGGGUUACGACUAUUACCAUGCGGACGAUCUAGAGCUCCUUGCUAGGUGCCACGAACAGUUGAUGCAGUUUGGAAAAGGAAAGUCUUGCUACUACAGAUUCUUGACUAAAGGCCAGCAAUGGAUAUGGCUGCAAACACACUAUUACAUCACCUACCAUCAAUGGAACUCUAAGCCGGAGUUUAUUGUGUGUACCCACACGGUAGUUAGUUAUGCCGAGGUUCGAGCUGAAAGAAGAAGAGAUCUCGGCCUUGAGGAGUCAUCCAUUGAACUAGCGUCUUCGUCUUUGAAGAGUCAUGGUAGCUACAUUGAUAUCCGGCAGUGUGUAACCAACCAAGAAGCCAGCCGGGAUAAGGUGUCCGUAUCAUCUCACAGUUCCCGCCGAUCGUCACAUACGGCCCUCUCUGACUCUGCAUCCACUUCGUCCAUCCGGCAUACGGAUGCCAGCACCCCUACCAGGCAGUCCUUGCCAAUGGGGCAAUCCGACAAGGCACCCCUGAGGCUGGCCUCCAGCAGCAGCACACCAGGUAUAAUAACCCCUCAAACACCUGCUGAACAUCUCACACAGCAUCACAUGACGCAGCCUCCAGUUCCUGCGCAGCAAGCGGUCAUGCCCGUGUACCACUUCCCAGCCCAGAUCGGGAUGAUGCAUCAGCUGAAAGAGCAGCUGGAGGAGAGAACGCGCAUCCUGCAGGCUGACAUCAAGACACAGCAAGAGGAGCUCCAUGUCAUCAAGGAACAGCUGCAGCUGGUGCAAGACUCCAAUCUGCAGAUGUUCAUGCAGCAGCCGAUGCCCAUGGUCUUCAACAACGUGCAGCACCAGAGCCCACGAAGGCCUUCUCAACCACAGGCAACGGCCACCAGCACAGGGAGUAGGCAAGCGACCCCCAAGAAGUCCCAGCAACCAGGCCUUAUGGGAUCAAAGCAGUACUGUGGCACACACUUGCCUUCACCGCAGCAAUUCCUCAGGGAACCUUGCGUCACGUCAACCCAGGUGCAGCAGCAACAGCAACAGCAGAAGCAUGUCCUAAGAGGAAACCAGGUCCAGCAGGCCUGCAUGCCCAUGCAGAUGAGCAUUUCCAUGCCCCUGUACAACAACCCUAUGGUCUUCUCCCAAACACACCCCAUCACUGUGUCUGCUCCGAUGCCAGCAGAAAUGGGCGAAAGGACACAGCAGCCUGAUUACAGCCAAGAUCAGAUCAGGAUGUUGUUAGACCAGCCGGUGCAGCCCUUGAUGUCCGGUGCUAAUGGGAGCAGCCAGUCCUCGCAGAGCAACGCCGGCAGGCAGCAAACCAAGUUUGCUCUGGAGCCACAGGGACUCCCUGCUACGAUACAGAUGCAACCGAUCACGUGCGCCACCAUCCGUGCGCCUGCCCCUGCGCCCGUCUUCACACCCUCUGUGAUGAUUCCGCAUGCCAGUGUCGCUGCCCAGCAGGGCCACCCUUCCGGCAGCCUCCACCAGUGGCAGCCACAGCAAGUGCAACAGCAUCACCUUAACCUCCAGAUGCAAGGGGCUGCCACCGAGUCGGUCCCGGUGGGCCAGAACCAGCGCCUCUUCCAGCAGCCUCACCUUCCGCAGCAGAACCCAGCCCCAGCCAUGGGCUAUUUCCACCACCCGCAGCCCCAGACCCGCCACCUCCAGGGCCAGGCGUGCAGUCUGCAGGACCUGCCCGAAAUGCAGCUGCCAUGAGGCCGAGAAAGAGCGACGGCGGCAGGAGUGAAGGCGGCGAGCUCGGGCAUCGCGGCUGUGCUGAGCAGAGGUGAGGGGCUGGAGUGCAGGCGGGGAGGAGAGAGGCCCUCCCUGCACGGCCCUCGAGAGGCAAGGCUUGUGCGGAGGGAGACGUGGCAGACCAGGGAAGAAGGCCCUGGCAGGAUGGAGAAGGGCGGCUGGGGCUUCUGGCACUUGAGACCCCACCCCACACACACACACACAACCAGCAAACCAGGAUUCAAGCGAGGGCACACUUGGUUAGCUGUGUGAACUGUCCACUGCUAGACCAUCCCCUCCUUCCUGUGUUUAGAGCCAUGUUUAUGAAAGGCCAAAGCAGGCAGAAGAGACAGUGGAGAUGGAAGCAGCCACCGGCCAGAACCGGUCCGUUCGCAGGUACCAAUUCUCUGCUCAUUUUGAAGUCAAAAUGUGGGUUGCCCAAGUGGGGCAAAUACCUGCAAGGGGAGCACAAUCCGAAACAUGUCCAUCUUUGCGUGUGUCGAAGCCAGCGUCCGGGUGGCGGGGUUUCCACUUCGUCAGUUUGGUUUACGUGCUGAUGAGUUGGCGUCCGAGAACGUACGUGAGGGCAAGCGGCAGCUGAAUCUUUUUCUUUUCAAAACCUUUGCUGAAUUUCACUGUGAAGAACGUGGAAUGCAGAAACUGUAACCAGCACCAGGCUACCGUUUUAAGUGUUUUUAUUGUGUGGGUCUGCACAAAGAUCUCGUUCUGGUACAGUAGUUCACACGUGGAUUACUAAUCAAAUUCCUCCCCGACCCGGCAGUUUUCCUAUACCUCACUCUCCUCGUUUGUUUUUGGAUAAUUGAGAAAUGCUGCUACUGGGUGUGACACCACACUUGCCUGACUUUUACACUUUGCACCAGCUUCUUUCACAGAGUAACCACGUGUACGAAGGGUUCUCCUGUUUCGUUACGAGGUGCAGAUGCAACUCGUAUCGGUUUUUACUCCGCAUUUAGCCAAAUAUAUUUUUUCACAAGGUGCAGGAAAGAAACCUUUCCCUUCUCUCGGAUAACCCUUUCCGGGAUGGAGGGUGGGAGGUGUCUUGACACCCCAAGACAAAAGGCAAACUUUGUGGUUUUGCUGUUUGGUGUUGGUAUAUGGCGAAGUGGAGAUUUCUACUUAGCAAAGCCACCUGCGCAAUUACUAGUCAGUAGCGUUAGCAAUAAAUUGUAUUUUUGUAUAUUGUCACUUUAACUGUGUUUAUAUUUAUGAACGUUUUAAAAAAAAGUUUUAUUCCUUCAGUGGGUGUGUAUACCAAAGUGUCCCCUACUGUUUUGUGUGUUUCCAAAGGAAAAUGAAUAUUAUUGUUAGGGGCAUUUUGUUCUGUUUUUUACUGGGCUGGGUUUGCACACUUUUAUAUCCCAGGUUCAGAGAGCAACUUUUACCAAUACUUUAAAGGAAAGAAGAAAAGAGGUUGCAGUUAAGAGCCUGGUUUACAAAACAAAAACAAAACAAAAACAUGUUAAUUCAUUGCUGGCAUUUAAGAAAAGGUUUGUUCAGACAGCUCUGCAGUUUCUCUCACAUCUUUUUGGCUGGUUCAUUUGACAAGAGUUCAGGGCCCCAAAAAGCAGGGCUUCAAUCACUUUAGCUCUGGGAGUGGAAUGUUCUCAGGCAGCAGCAGAUCAAUCACUGUGUAUCGGGGAGUGGGGGUCAUCAAUCCCCCCCCCCAUCUACCAGUAGUGUGAUUUCUUUACUAUUGAUGCACUUGAGUGUAUGUUUAUGCACAACUAAAUUUCCUCCCACCCUUAGAGAAGGUGUGUAUGUGUGUGUACACUUGCCUUGCUCUGACUGUGAGAUGUAGGUCUCUACUUACAGAGAGAGACUGAGGGAAGCAUCUUCCCGACGUCCUUGAAAAGGAGAAUGUAAGCAUUGCCCACGGGUAGCUGUCGGAGGCAAGCCUUUAGCCUUUGCACUGAGAGAGGAAGGCACUGAGUUUAGCAGGGUUAGGAAAGGCAGGAAUAAAGCAGACACCAGCCCUAUGCACACAUUAUAUACACUAGGCCCAUUCACAUGUUACGUACAACCAGAUCUGAACACAGGUACAGUCAUUCAUGUGUUAUGCUGAAUGCAGGUACAGAAGUACACUUGCUGUCUAUACCAUGCACCUGAAGGGCCUGUAUCCAGUUUCACUUUUUAAAUGAACACAAGUACAGUCAUCCACACAAACAAAAGUACGGGUAUACAGGCAUUGGUACAUGCAUACAACAUAAUGUCUGAAUCGGACUUCUGUGUACAGUAUACACGGAUACAGAUCUGUAUGCAGGUACACUUGUUCACACGUUGAAUGCAGGUGCAGCAGAUACACUUCCUGCCUGUACCAUGCUUCUGAGGAAAUUGUGCCCAGGCUCACUUUUAAAAUGAAUGCAGGUACAGUCAUUCACACAUACAAAUGUACGAGUGUACAGACAUCAGUACACUUGUACAGCAUAAUGUCUGGAUAGGGCUCUGCUUUUAACUAGAGUCUGCCGCAAAUAGAUCAGAAUCGGAGAGGUGUCCAACCUCUCACAUUCCCCACAGCAUCCUUCUCAAGGCAAAAGAGGGAGAAUUGGGACUCUGAGAAAUCUGGCUCUGUUCCUCCACUGAAUGCUUGAAAGAGCCAUGCCAUAGGAGACUAAUAGGCCAGAACUCCAGUUUUAGAAAUGACAUUUGGAAGAAUGUAGAGUCAGGUUUUGUUUUCGUGAAUGCCAGGAUGUUUUAUGGCACUGGGCACCUUAUUAUAUUAUUAUUAUUAUUAUUAUUGCAAAAUGCUGUUACCGUGUUUACCCCCAUAGAAGGCAACUCUAAAUUUAAGACGAUGCCUUAAAAGAUAGAGGUUACCUACAUUUUAUACUGGUACUUACCCCAAAGAAAGAAGUCCCUGAACCAAAAACGACCCCCUUAGAUUCAAGAGGGAAGUACUGGGGGGAAUCCUUGUCUUAGAUUUAGGUAAAUACGGUCGCGGAGGGAUUCCCCAGCCAGAGGGUCCACAGUAGCGCAGGCUUGCGGCCACUUGCUGCACAGGCUCAGGCUUUAUACUUCAAGUCGGCUGCUUGUGGCUUAGUCCACGACAGGCACCACUGACCAAUGUCAAUGGUCAGAAAAGGGCUUCACCUUUACAGACAGUAAAGCCAUUCUUGAAUGAGCCUGACACUGUUAGCUCCUGCCUGGAGGGGUAAAAACGGCACUGAAUAAUCCACCCAGCCAUGGUGUGCUCGAAGUGCAAAGAGCCAGGGGAAAUGUGCUAGAGCAGCUCCACCAUUGACGGGUUGGAGUUUCAUGGCUAUGAGUCUAAGGUGUGUAGAAGCAUUAGGGAGGAUUUCGGACGGUCACGAGAGUGGCGUUAAUUAGACACCGAUGCAGAGCUGGCUUUUCCACACUGUGACCCGCCUCUCCUGGCCAACCAGAUUGUAUUUUGCAGCACUGUGCAGUUGUCUGAAACAACUCCCACCCCCCACACCCCAGUCCGUGGGUUUUUGCCUUUGGAAGCACUUUUUGAAAGAAAGAGCCAAGACAGAAGGAUGUUUGUGCACUCACGGCUUAAUGUGAGGCUUGUGCGUCACAGGCGGCUUUCUUUCCUGGGACAGCCUCGUGGGUGUUUGCGAGUUGGGACUGCCUGCGUCAAAAGGGGUAGAAGAGAGGAGGCGGGAAGGAUGAGGCCUGUUCCCAUCAACAAAGCACUAAAGCUUCACUGCGCUCCACUUUGCUGGAGAGAUAAAUAAGGGGGAGCCCCCCCCCUUAUUGUAAGGCUAGGUCAGGUUCUAAAAGGCAGCCCACUCAAUGAAUGGGGUCUCUUUUCCUUGCUCACCAGUAGAGCUGAAAAGGGUCCGUUUUCUCAAGAGUAGCUGGCUUUGGGCAGUGCAAUGCUAAUUUGUCCUCCCCCGUAAGUGAUUUUGUCCUUCCUAGAACAAGAAGUACAACAGACCCAGGAGAAUAAUUUCCAGACAUAAGAGUCCAAGAGGGGAGUGUUUUCCAGCAGGACACCUCUGCAGGGCAGUUUUGACUGGGUUCUAGUCACAACACAGUUUCCCUUGACAGUGGGAUGAAAACCCGCAAAGUAGCUGUGCUGGUGCAGCUUCAACAGCCAUUGGACUUUCACUGUGAGCCAAAGAAAUCCUUUGGGUCCAGACAUACCUUGUUCCAUCCCCACUUUAGCACAAAAGUGUUGCAUAGGAAAGAGAGGAGGGGCCUGCAGGCAGCCUUUUGGAUACAGGUGUUCUAUCUGCGAGGUUGUCCACAUCCCCACCCCACUCAGCACUUCUGUGUUAACUCCAUGCACCUUAAGAAACCUGUUGGGUACUGCUGCGCCGUCCCUGUAGCAAGUCAAAAGGACACCAUAUCCCUUCACCCUUAAUAGGAUUUACAGAGAGAGAGAGAGAGAGAGAGAGAAAUGGGACCCACUAGUAGAGUUCAGUCCCUGAAGCAUCUGCUUCACCUUGCUGCUCUGGCCAUGUUACACAAGUCCUGUUGCUCCUGGUGUCUUAGGGCACUUGGAAUUUGAGAGACCAGGAAAACUCUCCUGCAUUGCAAGUUGUGCAGAUUCAGGCCCAAUAAAAUAAGAUGCUGGUUGCACCCAUAAAUGUGGCCCCAUGUGUAAUUAGGGAUGUGCAUGGAACUGGCGGGGGGUGGGGGAGUUUGAAGGCGGGGGAGGGUGCACUUACCCCUCCCACCGCGCGCACACACACACACACACACACACCCGCCACCGCACACACACCGGCACUCCAAUGUAAACCGGUCUGGUGGGGUGGCAGUGUUCCUCUCUGCUGCCCUAUCCCCUCCUUGGACCAGAAGCACCCGGCACACAGGCCGACGAGGGAACCGGGAGGUACGUUGCCGCUCUGCUGGACCGUUUUACAAUGCAGCACUGGGACGGGGGGGGGGAGCAGUGGGAGGGGUAAGUGUACCUACCCCCCACCUUAGAACCAGCAGAGCCAGCGGUCGUUUCAACCGGUUCCGUGCACAUCCCUAGGCGUAAUCAGUUUCACGGCAUGGGAAGACACCAGCCAUGGCUGGUUGACCCAAUGGCAAACUGAGCAGCAGUAAUGUCCCGACCAACUUCCUUGCCCUGUUGGACAGGCAUCUUUCUGCAUCGCAGGGGAUAAUUCAUAGUUAGUUUUAUGAUGGACAAGCCUUUCUCCAACAGUACCUUUUCCUUUGGCGCUUGACUUCUAGCCAAGUGAGUCCCCAGUUCCAAGGCAACUAACUACAUGCAGUACGAUCCACCCCUACACACUACUCACAUUUGUGCCGAAUGGGGCUGUGGCGGCCGCACGUGCCUGGGGAAGAGAGCGGGGAGGGAGGAAGCCAUUCCAAAACAGCUGUGGGGUGGAAGGGGGUGCUUCUAAACAGAACCCCCCUCCACACACAUUUUAACCACAUUAUGUAUAUAUUUAUCGGCCUUUUAAAAACCAUGCACUUUAUUUAAAACCUUAUCAAUUCUCACAUAUACUGCACCAGCUGGGAAAGUCACUGACCGAGAUUCCUGUAUUUACCUGAAUCCAAGACUAGGUUUUUUCCAAGUUCUUUGAUACUAGAAAUCAGGGGGUCAUCUUAAAUUCAAAGUCCUCUUCCUUUUGGGUAAGUAUGGGUAUAAGCUGUAUUUAACCACUGUUUUUUUUUUUUAAAGGGGCAUGUUUUAAAUACCAAGUUGUCUUGUAUUCAGGUAAAUACGGUUAUUCAACUCCCUCUCUGUAUGUGUUCGACAUCCUACUGGAAAAAAAGUUUGAAUCAUCCCCCCCACCCCACCCUCAGAUGAUCACGAGGGGCCCAAGGUUGGUGCCCUCCCCUCAGGGCUUCUGCAGUACUUUAGUCAGUGGAUGUUUGGGUUAGCCCUGAAUUGGGAUUAGAGCCUCUCUGGCACCCACCCGGCCCACUUAAGGGAAAAAUGAAAAAGUCCAUCUGCUCAGGUUGAGUUGUGUUUAUCUUGGUGUUAGUUAUGCUCUGGGUUUGGGGCGGGGGGCGUUGUUUGUUUUCCAGAGAAGUGUUUGGAAUCUAGAAUGGUAGCAGACAUACCACGCAAGAGUAGCAUUGUGUUUAACCGAUUGGUACAAGUUACACAAAUGCAAAAUGGCAAGCCCAUCCCCAGUGGGCUUACGCUUGUGUAAUGCAAUUUUGGGUUUGCGCAACUCGGGACAACUCACACAGAUUGCACAAAUGCAGUAUUACUAAGCUGGUUUACGCUUGCGCAGUGUCUGUCACCCAGUUAACUGGGCAGGAUUCUCUGGCGGGGGAUUUGGUGGGUAACGGGUAUGAGGCAGCCAUGGGCUCCUGUUGCCCAGAGGUUCUCUGUAAAGCUUUGCCAGAUAGCCUGAUUAACUGCAGGAAGGCUACGGAAACAUUUGUCUAUACAUCCGAUUUUUGUCAAUACAAUUCCAGACUUCAGAACACACAGAGGCACCUUUAAAGUCUUGCACUUUUAAAUGCAUUUUGUACAUAUAUUAUAAGCUAAAAGGCUGGUUGAUCUAGCCAAGCUGGUUUGACAAAUGCCGUCUGACCUGAUUUGUAUAUUUUGUGACAUAUUAAAGUAUGUAAAAAGGAAAAGGACAGGGAAAAAAAAGCAGCAAAGGCUUAGAGCUGAAUAUUUAGUUUAUUUUAUAUGAUGUUAAAUAUAGAUCAAUUUAUAAAUGUUACUAUUCAUAAAAUAUUUUGUAAAAUGGGCGGGGGGUGGUGAGAAAGUGUCUUAUGGGGACAAAAUAAAUUCUUGUCUAGGAUGCUUACCCCCUUGUGAAGCUCUGCUGGGCAAGAACCAGUGUAUCUCCAUAUGCUUUAACAGAUUUGUACAUAGUAUUUUGGAUGAAAAAUAAAACUGUACUUUUAAGAACUCUUA